AUGAAAGGCAAGGUGUUCUUGGGUCAAUACUUGAUAUGGGUGAUAGUACUGUUGGGGCAGCUACACGGAUGCAAAAGCUGUAUUCUGAAAGAAAGAAACGCUUUGUUGGAGCUCAAGCAAUACCUGAUCUCCAUUUCUGAAGAAGGACAAUCUGACUAUGUUCUCCCUACUUGGACUAACGACACAAAGAGCCAUUGCUGCAGGUGGGAGGGCGUCAAGUGCAGUCGUACAAGCGGUCGCCUGACCAAGAUUGCUUUUGGUGAUUUGUACCUCAAAGAGAGUUCUCUCCUUAACCUUUCUUUGUUGCAUCCCUUUGAAGAGGUUCGAAGUCUAGACUUAUCCGAGUGCGCUUUCAGUGCCUUGUUUGAUGAUAGGGAAGGUUAUAAAAGCUUGAGUAAAUUAAGAAAACUGGAGAUUAUGGAUCUCUCUUCAAAUGAAUUCAACAACAGCAUCUUUCCAUUUCUCAAUGCUGCUACUUCACUUACAACUCUGUUUCUUGGGUUCAACAAGAUGGAUGGCCCUUUUCCUGUUAAAGACUCUCUUUCGGAACUUAGAAGCUUAACAAACUUGGAACUGCUGGAUCUGAGUGGAAACGGAUAUAAUAGCUCCAUGCCAGAGUUUACUCGCCGUAAAAAGCUGAGUGCCAACUAUUUUUCUAGCUCAAUGGAGCUGCAAGGUAAAAUCUCUUUAUCUGUGCUUUUACUUUGUGCUUCAAAAUCUAAGUUACUUUGUCUGGAUUCGAAUGAAUCCAAUAAAAGGUUGCCUGUGUUUGCUUCAUCUUCAAGAUUAUCCCAUACGAACAACAUAACAUUUUACGUGUCCCAUGAAUUCUCAAGAAUAGAACAACUACUCUCAUCAUCUUGUCAUUUUCUCAACUAUUUUUUCUCCUUUGAAGGUUUUUGUGGAAUGAAGAAUCUGCAGGAGCUCUACCUCCGUGGAAAUUAUUUUGCCGGCCAGCUUCCUCUGUGUCUAGGUAGCUUGAACAAGCUACAGGUUCUUCACCUUUCACUAAACCAAUUAAGUGGCAAUCUACCAUCUAGUUUCAAUAGCCUCGAGUCCCUCGAAUAUUUAUCACUGUCAGAUAACAACUUCAAAGGCUUGUUCUCCCUCAGUCUACUCGCCAACCUUACACAGCUCAAGGUGCUCAAACUUUCAUCAACAUCCGAUAUGUUACAAGUACAGACAGAAAGUACCUGGCUGCCUAAAUUUCAACUGAAUAUUGCUGCACUACCUUCCUGCGGCUUGAAGAAGAUCCCAAACUUUCUUGUGUACAUGAAGAAGUUGCAUCUACUUGAUCUAUCCAGCAACAGAAUAUCCGGAACCAUUCCUUCCUGGCUCUUGGCUAAUAAAAAACUUGAAGUUCUACAGUUGCAGAAUAACUCAUUCACUAUCUUUCAGAUUCCUACAGCAGUUCAUAAGUUACAGUUCUUGGAUUUUUCAGAUAAUAACAUCAGCGGAGUCCUCCCUGAUAAUAUUGGCCAUGAGCUUCCAAAUAUGAUACAUAUGAAUGGCUCUCAUAAUGGUGUCCACGGGAAGUUUCCUUCAUCUAUGGGUGAGAUGAAGAACAUAUCAUUCCUGGACCUGUCUCAUAACAAUCUCUCUGGAGAGCUACCUAGAAGCUUAUUCACAGGUUGUUCUUCAUUACAAAUCCUGCAACUCUCCCACAACCAGUUUAGUGGCCAUCCUCUUCCAAGACAGACUAAUCUAACAUCAUUGGUCGUGUUGAGGAUGGAUAACAACUUGUUCACAGGAGAGAUCGGAGACGGUUUGCUUACCUUGGUUAACUUGUCAGUACUUGACAUGUCAAACAAUCUUCUCGGAGGUGAUGUUCCAAGUUUGUUACCAAAUUCAUCUGAUGUCUUUAUGUUGUUGUUAUCAAACAAUCUCUUAGAAGGUACGUUGCCAUCUUCUCUGCUGGCUAAUCAACAUCUCAACUUUCUUGACCUCUCUGGGAACUUAUUAUCCGGAGCCUUGCCGUCAUAUGAUAGUUCUAUGUAUGGGAUAAAGUUGUUCCUACAGAACAACAGCUUCACAGGGGAGAUUCCAAGAACAUUGUUGGAAAAUGCUGAGAUUCUUGAUCUGCGGAACAAUGAACUCUCUGGGAAUUUCCACAGAUUGUCUGGGAAUAUUCCGGAGUUCAUCAACACCCAAAACAUAAGUAUUUUUCGUCUGCGUGAGAAUAAUUUAACAGGUCUUAUACCUCACCAAUUGUGUGGCCUAAGCAACAUCCAACUUUUGGAUCUAUCUAACAACAAGUUGAAUGGAUCCAUACCUUCAUGUCUUAGCAAUAUAUCAUUUGGUCUGAGGAAAGAGGAAACAUCAAAAUAUCAUGAUUUUCAACUUUGGUACAUUCCCAGUGAUGUCUUCACUAGUUCUAGUCAGGAACAAGACGCUUAUACCACCAGAAAUAUUGGUAUAUAUUUCAAAUCUCUGCUUGUGCUAGAUCCUUUUAGUAUUGAUUACGUGGCAGGCGCUGAGACUAAAAUUGAAUUUGCAACAAAAUAUCGGUAUGAUGCUUACAACGGUGGAAAUCUCCUAAACUUUUCUGGAUUGGACCUCUCAAAAAAUGAGCUAAGCGGUGAGAUCCCAGUGGAGGUAGGAAGUCUUGUGGAACUACAUGCUCUAAACCUCUCUCGCAACUAUUUAUCAGGUGCUAUACCAGGAAGCUUUUCAGGUAUGAAGAAUGUGGAGAGCCUUGAUCUUUCUUUCAAUAGUCUGCAAGGACAGAUUCCAACACAACUGACAGAUCUGAGCAGCCUAGCUGUAUUUAAUGUCUCAUUCAACAACUUAUCUGGGGUCAUUCCUCUGGGAAAACAGUUUAACACUUUUGAUUCACAAAGCUACUUAGGCAAUCCUCUUCUCUGUGGACAACCAACCAACACGAGCUGUGAGAGCAAUAACUUUCAAGAACCAGAUAAUGAAGUGGAGGCAGAUGAAUCCACAAUUGACAUGGUUUCUUUUUACUGGAGUUUUGCUGCAGCUUAUGUGACAAUACUUAUUGGAAUUUUUGUAUCUCUCUGUUUUGAUUCUCCUUGGAGCAGAUUUUGGUUCUACGUCGUUGAUGCUUUCAUCCACAAGGCUAGGAAUUUUCUUUGGUGAAAUUAGUGUUGGUUCAAAUCCAUUGAUGGCCCCCAUCUGAUUCUGUUCUUCUCAAAUCCUCCUGCUUUAUGUCACAAACUUUUGUUUAGUUCUUGUGUAC